AGGCGGCGGUUCCGGGGGCGCCGGCGCUGCCGUGAGUGCUGUGCGGGAGCAGACGGGAGGAGAGGGGCUUCGCCGCCUCCGCCCCUUCCGCCGCCUCCUGUCUUCUGCUCGGCGAAGAGGAGGCCGCCAUGCACCCCGUUUUCCAGAGCAGCCGGCGUGACUUCACCUUCGGGCCGUGGAAGCUGAGCGCCGCCCGGACGCACAUCAUGAAGUCGGCGCAGGCCGAGAGGUUGGCUGAUGAAUUACACAUGCCUUCCCUACCAGAGAUGAUGUUUGGAGACAAUGUCCUAAGAAUACAGCAUGACCAUGGUUUUGGAAUUGAGUUCAAUGCUACAGAUGCUUUAAAAUGUGUCAAUAAUUGUCAAGGUAUGAUCAAAGUCGCUUGUGCAGAGGAGUGGCAAGAGAGCAGGAGUGAGACUGAGCACAGUAAGGAAAUUGUCAAGCCAUAUGACUGGACUUACACAACAGAUUACAAAGGAACUUUGCUGGGAGAUACUGCAACAUUAAAGGUUGUUCCUACAACAGAACACAUAAAUACAGAGAAAUUGAAAGCCAGGGAACAAAUUAUGUUUUUUGAAGAAGUACUCCUGUUUGAAGAUGAACUCCAUGAUCAUGGAGUAUCAAGUCUGAGUGUGAAAGUAAGAGUUAUGCCAUCCAGCUUUUUUGUGCUGCUGAGGUUCUUCUUGCGAGUGGAUGGGGUACUCAUCAGGAUGAAUGAUACAAGGCUUCAUCAUGAGGCUGACAAGACCUACAUGUUGCGAGAAUACACAUCCAGGGAAAGCAAAAUAUCAAGUCUAAAGAACGUUCCACCUUCCCUGUUCACGGAACCUAAUGAGAUCUCUCAGUAUCUACCCAUAAAGGAGACAAUCUGUGAAAAACUAGAAUUCCCAGAGAAGCUGGAGCCUAAACCAGAAACAUCACUGGAAACCACAUGUGCUAAGUCUAAAUAAAUGUGACUUUAUAGGACUUGAAGUAUACUGGAGAUUAUGUGAUCGUGGUUGUUGAUAUAUGGGGGGGUGUUUCACUACUAGUGGAAUGAAGAAUUUGGCUAAUUUUUUUGUAGCCUUUAGAAGAAACAUUUCAAACAGGUUUUGCUAAUGGUGUUUUUUGUUUGUGGUUUUUUUAACCUGUGUUUGGAGUUGGUGAUAGACUGGUGGUGAGUUACAGUUUUCAGCAGCAUUGGAGAAAUGACUAUUGGGAAUCUGGGAUCUGUUUAGUUCACCAAACAGGCAGGAAUAUUGUCUGGACCCCCAUCCACUAACAAUUCUAUGAAGAUUUUGUCAUUGCUGCUUCAGAUACUAUGAAACUGCCAGAGUUGUAAAACUGGCGUGAUUUUAUUUUUAUUGAGAAAUAAUCCACAGUAAAAAAAAAAAAAAAA